AUGCGCUCUCUUCUGCCUCUGUGUCUGCUGAACCUGGCCAUUGCGCCUGUCUACUCUGCAGCCACUGUUGCCGCAAAAGCCGGCGACAAGGCUGUUACGAAGGAGUUCGACGUCAAGUCUCUCACUCUGAGAGAAGUUGGAGCACGCAACACAGUGGAUUGGCGCGUUUGGCUCGAGCAGGAUGGCAAUGUAAUCUCCUUCUGGCACGACAUUCCUCUCUAUCCCGACGAGAAGCAGAGCAACAUUGUCAACAUCUACAUCGAAAUCCCACGAUGGACAGAUGCCAAGAUUGAGACUAAGCGCGACAAGCCUAUGAACCCCAUCUUCCACGACGACAAGGAUGACUUGCCUCGAUAUGUGGCCAGCGUUUGGCCACACAAGUCUUACCCAUUUCUCUACGGAUCGCUUCCUCAGACAUGGGAAAACUCCAACAUCAAGCACAACUUUACUGGAUAUGUUGGUGACAAUGAUCCUAUGGACGUUGUUGAUAUCAGUGCCAUUGACCCCGGAUACGUUGGCCAGGUUAGAACGGUUAAGAUUUUGGGUGCAAUCCCCAUGAUUGAUGACGAGACAACGGAUUGGAAGGUCAUUGGCAUCAACGUUAAUGAUCCUCUAUCGCAAUUAGUCAACAACCUCGACGAUCUGGAAAAGUACCGACCCGGCCUUCCGCAAACCUUUUACGACUGGUUCACUUACUACAAGGUCCUCCGUAGCGGCCAGCUUAACGUCAUCUAUGGAAACAAGUUCCAAGACGCCAAGACCGCGAGCGAGAUUGUUGGUGAAAGCCACGGCUUCUGGAAGGACCUCGUCAGCGGCAAAGAGAAACCCGGCAAGAUUGUCAUUUCGCAGACUUCGCAGCCAACUAUCUGCAAGAGCUACGUUUCUAGCAAGGACACGACCAAGCAGUUUGAUCUGCCCAAGAAGUCCGACAUUAAGCCUGCUGCCCCACGACCUGAAAAAUACAACAAGUGGUUUUACCUGGAUGAGAACUUCCAGCCGCUGCCAGAGCAGGUGAUUGAUGUGGACUAA